AUGGCACACGUCGAUGUCCCACAAACUCAAAAGGCCUUUGUGCCACUAGGUCCGACUUCAACCCCCCCCCCACCUCCAAACCCCAAACUAACUCUCAACCCAGAAAACAACCCGGAAGUAAUGUCCCACCUAGUGCACCAACUAGGCCUGGCCCCAACCCUAGGCUUCACAGACGUAUUCUCCAUCGACGAGCCCGACCUCCUAGCCUUCGUCCCGCGCCCCUCCCAAGCCCUCCUCCUCGUCUUCCCCGUCUCCCAAACCUACGAAGCCUCCCGCGAAGCCGAAGACGCCUCCAAACAAAACUACACCGGCUCCGGGCCCUCCGAACCCGUAAUGUGGUUCAAGCAGACCAUCCGGAACGCAUGCGGGCUGAUCGGGCUGCUGCACGCGGUCUCGAACGGCGAGGCCCGGAAACAUGUCGUCGCCGGCUCGGAUUUGGAUACGUUGCUCCGUGAAGCGGAGGGACUGGAGCCUGUGCCGCGCGCGGAUCUGCUGUAUGAUAGUAAGGCGCUGGAGAGUGCGCAUGCUGAUGCGGCGAAAUUGGGGGAUACGGCUGCGCCGGAGGCGGAGGAUAGUGUUGAUUUGCACUUUGUUGCUUUUGUGAGGGGGGCCUGA